AUCGUGGGCACCUAUCGAAAGCUGCAUAUGUUCAACGUCAUUACGCCGGAGUUUAAAUUCCGGGAAUCCGAAACGGUCCGGUCCGGUAACGAAUUGGUCCCACCAAUUGAAACGCCAAUCGGCAGAGUUGGUUUACAAAUAUACCUUCCGCCGAGAUGGUCGAGAGUCCAUCAUCGAUUUGACUUUCUUGGUCCGUCGUUAAUGACGAAAAUGAGGUGGAGGGUAUGCGAAGGAUACAGCCACAGUGACCAUCAAGCCAUCCGUUAUACCAUUGGCCAACGAAACUCCGUGACAGUACGGAUAAAUAGGACAUACCCGCGCAGGUGGAAGACAAGAACCUUUCACAAGGACAUUUUCAUCGAAAUACUUGGAGAGCGGCGUCUUGAACAUGAAAGCUGGUGAACUGAAGAAACGCUAGCAAAAAAGAUGUUAUAUAACAAUGUCAAGAAAAAGAGAACCCAGGUAUAAGCGAUCUCCAGCCUAUUGGUGGAGUGAGGCACUGGGCGUGCUUCGAGCCAACUGCCUUAGCGCUAGAAAACGCUUCCAACGGUCAAGCAUAGACUCCAGAGAAGAGCGGAGUGUGGAAUUUAGAGAGGCUAGAUACACUCUUAAACGGGCGAUUAAGCGAAGCAAAUCUAAUUGCUUCAGGGAGUUAUGCCGGGACGUCAAUCCAUGGGUAGGUAGGCCCGAAGCUCAGGGGCCCAACAACACCCUCCGAAAUGUGUCCCGAAAAACUAAAAACUAUCGUGGAGGGAUUAUUCCCGCAGCACGACCCAGCGACCUGGUCACCCACGCCAUAUAGAGAGGAUGAGAUUGAUAACACCGAACGCAGAGAGGAGUCGAACGAUGAGCUAGUUGCAGCUAUAGAACGCAUCAAAACGAAGAAAGCGCCUGGCUCAGCAGGAAUCCCCAAUGUAGCUUUAAAAGUGGCAGUCCUAGCACUCCCUGAUAUGUUCAGGACAGCAAUGCAGAAGUGUCUAGAUGAAUGCUACUUUCCGGAUCGAUGGAAGGUACCAAAACUAGUAAUAAUGCUCAAACCAGAAAAGACGCCGGGUGAUCCAGCGUCUAUGCCUGCUGGACACUCUCGGGAAACUUUUGGAGAGAAUCAUCCUCAAUAGGCUGAGGGAGUUUGAGGACUGUCCGAUAGUCAGUUCGGAUUUCGGAAAGGGAGAUCCACGGUAGAUGCCAUUGGCAUUACUGUCGAAAGAGCCAACGAAGCAGCGAAACAGAAACGACACUGACACUGCGCUGUUAUGCGUGUUUUGGAAUCGUCAUGGCGUGAUCCGCUGGGAGUUAUUAGAUGCACGCGAGACAGCUGAUCGGCACUGAUAUUAUGAUCAGCUUAACAUAGUGGCCAAGCUGUUAGGCAGAUCGGGUCCAGUUUGAACGGUCGGUUGUUUGCGUAUAUCGGCUCCAGUGAGUCGUUGUCCGAUUCCAGUACGUGGUGUAGAACGCAUAAAGAGAAAACAUCUUAGGUCAGAUGCCACAGAUACUAAUCGAUCGGGAUUUCGAUCGGACUAUGGACCUUGAAAGCAAUGUAUCAGAUAUUCGUUGAAGCAAAAGGAUAUUUGUUCAUUGAGUUAUGUUUUCAAAAUAGUUUGUAGCUUUGAUUUAGCUGAUUUUAAUUGAUGAUUUUUGAUUUAGUACUUUUUCAACACGUACUACUACUGUCUAGUACCAAUUCCAGUAGAUAUUCCAUCAAGCUCGUGUAAGAGGAACUGGAAUGUGAAGAGGUUGGGUUAGCGUUAUAUGAGCCAUACCGUUUGUGUUGGAUGUAUUGAAGUUUAAAGAAGGUGAUGUCAAGCUUUACACCUUCAUGUGGGAAAUACUAGAGUUUGAAGAGGGUUACGAGCGGAUGGAGCUAGCUAUGCAAACACUUGGCCUGUAGGUGAACGAAUUUCACAGAGAAUGUGCCGAUGUAUGCACCGAUAACGCACAUAUUGCCACCACAACUUGCUUGAAUUGUCAGAAAAUUGAGCAGGUUCCAGAAUCUGUAAUUUAAUACAACAAAAGAAAAAUAACACCUGAAACUGAAUUCUCGGUUUUCAGAAACAUGUGACAUAUGCCAUGCACAUCAGCAGAAAAUGGAACAUAAAACGCAUAUUUCAUUACACAGUCCCGUAUUUUAAUUUCUACAGAGUGAUCGUUGAAUUAUUGUAUAGUAGUAAGCCUUGAUUAUAAUAAAACUACUUUUGUCAUUCGUUACCCAAACCUCAUCUUAACAAGAUGUAUUUUAUCAGGUUAUGGGCCCAGGCAAGCUGAUAUAGAAACGGCACUGUUUGGAGAGAAAAUUUUUUCACUGUGAAGAUUUUGAAGAAGUUUUUAAAAGCAAGAUGUCUAUUCCGGUUGUUGGCGAUGGAAGAAAUGCUGGAGCCCAAGCUGGCGGAUCGACACCACCCGGUGGUGUGGUUUCGGUGCACGCGAGGGAAGUGCUUCGUGGAUCUGAAAAUUACAAUUGCUGGGCGUUCUCAACCAAGAUGGUGCUCAUCAAGAAGCGGACCUGGUGUGCCGUGAAGGACCGUAAUGAAGGAGAUCCGGAAGUAAGCGAUGAGGUGUCGGAACAAGCUCUGGCGACCAUUUGCCAGAACAUCGACCGGAGCAUCUACGGAUUAGUUCAAAAUGCGAAGACAGCGAAGGAAGCAUGGGACGCGUUACGGAACACAUUCGAGGAUAGCGGUUCUACCCGUAAGAUUGGACUUCUGCGAAGGUUGACGGGAAUUCGCUUGGUAGAAGCCGAGCGGGACGAUGAUGUCAUUUGCCAAUCUCCCCAGGAAUAUGUGAACGAGAUCAUGGUGACCUGUAACCAGCUGUCGGAGGUCGGGUUCAAGGUGGACGAUACCUGGAUGUGUAGUUUGGUACUCAAGGGUUUACCGAAGAAAUAUGAUCCAAUGAUCUUGGGCCUGGAAUCGUCUGGAGUGGCGCUGCCGGGGACGGAUUCGAAGCCGGUUGAAAGUGAGGGUGUGUUCUUCAGCAAGCAGAACUUAUCAAAGAAGCAGGUGGAUAAGUCUGGCAAGCAAGUCGACAAGUCUACCGUGAAGUGUUUCCGUUGCAAGAAAAUCGGACACUUUGCAUCGGAAUGCCAGAAAGAGAAGCGUCCUGUCCAGAAAGGUAAUGCGGCUUUCUAUGCUGCUAAUGCUGUGCAGUCGAAUGAGAGGAAUGACACUGAUUGGUUUUUUGAUUCUGGCGCAACCGUUCAUUUGUGUCGGAACAAGGAGAUUCUGGAAAACCCACAGGAUGUGUCUACUAGGAUCAAUGUGGCCAAUAACGCUGCGGUGGAAGUCGUGGCGAAAGGAUCGGUAAAGCUGGAAGUGAAUUGCGGUGAAAGGACAUGUGACCUCACAAUGAGCGACGUGCUGUGCGUUCCGGAUCUGGCGAUUAAUCUACUUUCGGUGAGCAAGGUAUGCAAGAAUGGAUUUCGAGUGUUGUUCACCAAGGAAGAGUGCCAAGUAGUCGAUCCGGACAAUGCGAUAGUUGCGAUUGGUCGUGAAGUUGAUGGCCUGUACAAGCUAUCCGAAGUGAAGAAGCCCGUGGGGAAUCUGGUCAAAGACGGUAGAUACGAGCUAUGGCACCGGCGAAUGGGACACCUCUCAGCCAGUGGAAUGAAGCGAUUGAAAAGUAUGGUGACUGGUUUGGAGUUCGAGGUGAAGGAUCCGGCGAAGUGCGUACCAUGUAUUGAAGCUAAACAUUGUCGUCAACCAUUUGAAGCAAAGGGACAUCGAGAGGAUCGCAUACUGGAACUGGUCCACUCGGAUUUGUGUGGUCCCAUGGAAUCAGAGUCGAUGGGAGACAGUCGUUAUUUUCUGACCUUCAUUGACGUUGCAAGUCGGAAAACUGUCGUGUAUUCUCUGAAGUCCAAGGAGGAAGUACUGGAAUCGUUGCAGGAUUACAAAGCUUUGGUGGAGAAUCAGACGGGACAGAGGAUCAAGCGGAUUCGGACGGAUAAUGGAAGAGAGUACGUGAACCGGAAUUUCCGGAAUUUCUUACGGAAGGAAGGAAUUUAA